AUGGGUAGCUCAAUCUCGACAAGAGUCCUGAUCCGCGAGGCGCUACAACGAUCGCGGGAGAUUGACAGGCAGAUUGAGGACUCGCAGGAGGCGAAGACAGAAUGCAAGGACCUCUUACUUGUGCAUGGCGGCUUCACGGAGGACGAGCUAGUAGCCACCCGCCCGUCCGUCUAUCAAAGUCUGCUCAAGUCCGCGCACAACGCAAUCCUCGAAAUGCGUGCGAUGGGCCUCGACUGUGUUCUGCCUGACAAUCGUGUACGCACUGAGCGCAUUCUCGACCACGAGGUCCGUGCGAAUGAUGCCUUGUUCGACGAGGAUAUCGCUCGAGCGAUAUACGAGCUCUGGCAAGACCCGUUGAUUCCGGACUUCAUGGCCAACAGCGGCGAGUGCUGUCUCAUGGACAACGCACAGUACUUCGGCACAAAGGCCCAGCGGAUUGGCAAGCGCAGCUACAUCCCCACGGACACGGACGCAUUUUGUGCACAAGAGGAGAGCACGGGCAUCACAGAGAUGCGGUUCGCGCUCGGCCCACUAUCGAUACGCAUGUGCGAUCGGUACCAUCGCUUUGAUGAUGCGACAAGCAUUAUCUUCUGCGUCACGCUCAGUGAAUAUGAUCAACCACUGCUCAGGGAAUCAGGCAAGAACCGCAUCGCCGAGGCGGCGACGUUGCUUGAUUCGGUAUUCAACUCGAGAUGGUUCCGCCGGAUAUCUAUCAUCCUGCUGUUCAACAAGCUUGAUGUGUUCGAGCGUAAGCUCAACAAAGUUCCACUCGAACGGUGCUUUCCCACAUAUACUAGUACUGGCGGUCCAGAUAUCAACAAAGCGGCAGAGUUCAUACUCUGGACUUUCAUGCAAAGGAAUCGCUCAAACGCAAGCUUAUUUCCUCACUUUUGA